AUGCUGGGACAGGACACAGAGGCACCGCCGGUCAUGACCAUCGACGACCACAGUGGCACAGUGAUUGACAAGAGGAUCAGGAAAGCAGCCUCAACUCUUACUCGCCUCAUGACUCGAGUAUGGACAAAUCCCAAGCUGACAGCACAGACAAAAGUGUCAGUCUACAACGCCUGCGUCAUAAGCACAGUGCUACAAUUUAAAUAUCAGAAGGUUAAGGCAGUUCUUGGAACAGAUUCACUGAGCAAAAAGGAAACAGCACAAAUUAUUACAGUGAAGCAGAAAUUUCCUCAUGUUUGCUUUGACAAACAAACCACAGAAAAUGACAUCAUGCUGCUCCAACUACAGUCUGAGGCAGAACUUAACAAGUAUGUAAAUCUCCUUCCUCUGCCCAAACAUUACUUGGAUGUGAAAGAUGGAACUGUCUGCUCAGUUGCCGGUUGGGGAUGGACAAGCAUAAAGUCAAAUAAGGGCUCUGACCAUCUUAAAGAAGUAAAUGUAACAACCAUAAACAGAUCAAAGUGCAACAGUCGACAGUAUUACAACGGCAAACCUUUAAUAACCAAGAACAUGCUCUGUGCUGGUGACAAACGAGGUGGAAAAGAUGCAUGCAGAGAGGACUCAGGUGGACCAAUGAUAUGUAAAAAUGAGUUCCGAGGAAUUGUGUCUUUUGGGAAAAAAUGCGGACUUGCCAAAAAGCCUGGUAUUUAUACAAGGCUCACAAAGGAGUAUAUUGAAUGGAUUCAGGAAAAAACAGCCUGAUCCUUACAAAAUGUUUAUGAAGAGUUUUAUGCAUUAUUUCUAUCUUCUGUAAGUCGAUGUGGCCUGUGUAGCAAAAUGAGUUGGCAAUUACUUUCCAUUUAUUGAGAUUAUUUUAAAGUAAUGUGCUGUAAGUAAAUUCAAAAUAGGAGCCUGUACAUAUUUAUCCCUUGCUAGAUGUUCAGGGAAGUUAUGAAAUAGAACUUAUAGUUUGCACAUGCAUAUGGCAGAAAAAUUGAGAAAUAUCACACACGUGUUGUUGAAUUGUUAACUAUAUGCUUUGUUUAAAUAGCAAAGUAAAAUUUACCCUGUUCAGC